AUGUUACAGCCUUCAGCCCUCAACCGUGCUGCCUGGCCCGGCAGGCAGGAAUCCUUCAGCCUUCGGCUUACCCAGAAGUUGGCUGUGGAGCAGAAAUGCCCUCCUGUCCUUAGCAGAGAGUGCAGUGAAGAUGAGGUCUUGUCUGAACUACAGAUUGCUGAAGCCAUUGCUCUUGUAGAUACACUUCAGAACUGGAUAGUUUUAGAUAAAAUAAUUAUUCCUACAAAAAAUCCUGACAAGAAGUUUAUUUUUGGCAAAGGAAACUUUCAGGUUUUGACAGAAAAGAUUAAAAAAUUGCCCCAUGUGACCGCUGUCUUCUUGAAUAUGGAAAGAAUAUCUUCACUAACAAAGAAAGAACUGGAAGAUGCCUGGGGCGUGAAAGUCUUUGACAGAUACGCAGUUGUACUUCACAUUUUUCGUUGUAAUGCCCGGACCAAAGAAGCCAAACUUCAGAUAGCGUUGGCCGAAAUUCCACUUCUCAGGUCAAAUCUGAAAAAUGAGGUGUCUCAGCUAGAUCAGCAGAGAGGUGGAUCAAGAUACAUCAUGGGCUCAGGUGAAACAUUCAUGGAGACACAGAAUCGUGUCUUGAAAGAAAAAGAGCUUAAAAUUAGGAAUGCCCUGGAGAAACUAAGAAGAAAGAGGGCUUUGCUUAGAACUCAGCGCAGAAAACGCGAGUUUCCAAUUAUCUCAGUAAUGGGCUAUACUAAUUGUGGAAAAACUACCUUGAUCAAAGCCUUGACUGGGGAAGCAGGACUUCAACCCCGAAAUCAGCUGUUUGCCACUCUAGAUAUUACAGCCCAUGGUGGCUAUCUGCCCUCACAUAUGGCAGUUAUUUAUGUGGACACCAUUGGGUUUCUGACUGAUCUUCCACACAAUCUGGUUGAGUCCUUUUCAGCUACAUUAGAAGAAGUGGCUUAUUCAGAUCUGAUAGUUCAUGUGAGAGAUAUUACUCAUCCAGAAACCAUCCUCCAGAAAGCAACCGUUCUGUCAGUUCUGAAGAAUCUUAAUAUUCCCAGCUGUUUAUUGGACUCAAUGGUCGAAGUUCAUAAUAAAGUGGAUUUGAUGGAAAGGUAUAAACCCACUGAAGAAAAUGCUUUAGCCAUUUCUGCUCUACAUGGACACGGUUUAGAAGAGUUGAAAGAAGAAAUAGAGAAAAAAAUUUUGACAGCAACAGGGAAGAAGAUUCUGACAGUCAACGUCAACUUAGAGGGACCUCAGCUAAGUUGGCUGUAUAAAGAAGCAACGGUUCAGGAAGUAGAAGUCAUGGCUGAAGAUGGCACAGCCAGGGUGAAGGUGAUCAUCAGCAAUUCUGCUCUUGGCAGAUACAAAAACCUCUUUCCUAACAGUAAGAUUUUUAUGCCUUGAAACUGCAUCCUUUUCUAGGAAAAGAAACUGAGCUCAUUAAGAGGAUGUGAAAUGAAGUUAAUGACCUGUUAGCCUGGGCGUUACAGAGUGUGUUUCUUCCCUGUUGGUGGUUUUGAUGCAUUUUAGAAAUG